AGUGUUACGUUAGAGGCCGCUGUAAACCUGGUGUAGAAUAAAUGAAUAUACUAUACAACCCAAUCAAAGGAGCUAUUAACAUUGUGUCACUCGCAGACUUGGAAGAGAGACGAUUCCCAGAAACGAGUGGCGUGUGGGUGUCCUGGAUGCGAACCGCACGGCCUGCCCCGUGCUGCGAGUGAAACAACAAAUUCGAAAACGUUUGAAAUAAGCACCAGGCGUUCGAGAGGAGGUACGCCCUGAUUGCGCUCUCUGUGACGAAAGUGACCAACACCAUAACACUAUAUAACGCCCAAAAGACAUCGGAAGAAGCACAUUGUGGGUAUCUAAUAUAUAUUUAUAAAAAAAUAAAGUGCAUUAAUGCUGAAUCAUUGCAUUAAUGUGAUGUGAUUCACAUCAUCACCAAAGAGAGAAAUAAAAAAAAAUGAAAACAAGUGAACUCAUCGUGUGAAGAAGAAAAAAUAGAAUAGAAAAAAAGAAAAGAAAAGAAAGAAAGGAAAGGAAAUUUAAAAGUGAUCAACUAGCCCACCCCAUUGACCCCCUCCCCCCUCAACCCCCCCAUCCUCGUACUCUCCCCCCUUCCCCCCCUUCUACGGCUUUUGUUGUAGCAGCGCCAACCUGUAGCCGUCACGGGUCAUUUCCUAUCUUUUCUCUCUCUCUCCCUCUCGUUCUCUUCCCCGUCUCCCCUCUCCUCAAAAUCCAACCAAUGGGCAGCAUCAGAUAAGAAGGAAAUAUUUAUACUAAAAAGUGCGUUCGCGCGUGUGUAGUCUAUAUCGUGUGCAUAUAAAUUAUUUGUGCGCGCGUUCGCUUGGAGUGAGAAGCGUGUUGCCAGAUGCGCGGGAAGAUGCGGAUGCCCAGCAAGAAACAGUACAACUUGGUGACGAACGAUGACUACGACUCGAGGAUUCCCUUACACCCGGAGGAAGCCUUCAGCCAUGGCAUCAAGUUCAACGUCAAGGUAAGAGAGCAUAUUCGGACGCAGGCGCCGCGGAGACGCUCACUGGAGGCAAGGCCGCAGUACAUCGGAACACUCGAUGUCCCGCGACCAACUAGUCGGGUGGAAAUCGUGGCCGCCAUGAGGAGGAUCCGGUACGAAUUUAAAGCCAAAGGGAUCAAGAAGAAGAAAGUGAGCUUCGAAGUGUCAACGGAAGGUGUCAAGGUGUCGCUGCGGAAGAAGAAGAAGCAAGCCGCCCUGGACGAGAACAAACUGCAGGUGAUGAACCACCCUAUAUACCGUAUUUUCUACGUCUCCCACGACUCGCAGGAUCUCAAGAUUUUCUCCUACAUCGCCCGAGACGCUGCGUCGAACGUCUUCAGAUGUAAUGUCUUCAAAGCCACAAAGAAGAGUGAAAAACGGAGGUUGCGGUUAAACGCAAACCAGUCGCCUGAGCGCGCUAAAACUUCCGGAACAACGGCUCCAGAGCCGUUUUCCGACCCGUCGGCAUUGUGUUAAGUAUAAUCAAAGUAUUGUUAUAUUGUUCUUGCUUUUGCUACUGUUAUGAUUAUUCUAAUCAUUAUCAUUUUAUUAUCAUCAUCACCAUCAUCAUUAUUAUUGUUAUUACUACACUCAUUUAUUGAAUGUCAGACCUUUCCCAAACGCGCCACCGUUUCCUAGAUGUUGACCUUCCUUGACCUGCACCGGAUAU